UCUCAGUAGUGAUUGGACUAUAUUCAGGAUGAAUCCUCCCCCCCAGGGCGGGAAGCCCCGCAGCUCUACGAGGAGCACCGCGGAGGUGGGCGGUACCGCGGGGGUCCUCCGGAGACUGACCGGCUCCUCGGAUUUCGGGCGGGACAGCAUGAACCCCGACGGGGGUCCGCAGCACAGCCCCGAGGGAGAAGCGGGGCGGACGGGGCAGAAGCCUCAGGCUGAAGAAGCUUUGAAAGACGCUUCCCUCCACUUCUCCAGGGAGGAGUGGGCAGAGGUGGGAGACCGGCAGAAACGCUGGUACCAGAACGUGAGGAGGAACUUGGACGCGCUCCCCAGCCUAGGUCUCAGGGCCCCUCGACCAGCUUUCCUGUGUCACCACCCCAGGCAGGCCACCGAGCUCCAGGAGGAGGACCCUGAGGACUCUGAUGAAGAAUGGACUCCAAGGCAGCAAGUGAAACCUUCUCCAGUGACCUUCAGGAGGAAACAGAGUAAACACCAGAAGGCAACAUCGAAGGUGCCAUUAAGCAAUGAAUAUAGUUUGAAGGAAUUGUCAGGAACAGCAAAUUUGAUGACUGCAAGUGACUCAGAGCAGGCCCAGAAACCAGUGUUCCCUCCUGGAGAAGCAUGUGCCUUUGGAAAGCAUACUAGACGAAAAUCAGAACUCAGGAGAAAGGAGAUGGACGUGAAGAUGUACAGCCUACAAGAAAGAAAGGACUGUGUGUACCAAGAGGUCACCGAGCCCCAGGAUGAUGACUACCUUUAUUGUGAGAAGUGUCAGAACUUCUUCAUCGACAGCUGUGCUGUGCAUGGGCCCCCUACAUUUGUAAAGGACAGUGCAGUGGACAAGGGGCAUCCCCACCGCUCAGCCCUCACCCUGCCCCCUGGGCUGAGAAUCGGGCCAUCGGGCAUCCCUGAGGCUGGGCUUGGAGUGUGGAAUGAGGCAGCUGAUUUGCCAGUGGGUCUGCACUUUGGCCCUUAUGAAGGACACAUCACAGAAGAUGAAGAGGCAGCCAAGAGCAGAUACUCCUGGCUGAUCGCCAAAGGGAGAAACUGCUAUGAGUAUGUGGAUGGAAAGGACAGAUCCUGGGCCAACUGGAUGAGGUUUGUGAACUGUGCCCGGGAUGAUGAAGAGCAGAACCUGGUGGCCUUUCAGUACCAUGGGAAGAUUUUCUACCGAACCUGCCGUGUCAUUAGGCUGGGCCAUGAGCUGCUGGUCUGGUGCGGGGACGAGUAUGGCCAAGAGCUGGGCAGCAAGUGGGGCAGCAAGUGGAAGAGAGAGCUCAUGGCCGGAAGAGAACCAAAGCCAGAGGUGCACCCAUGUCCCUCCUGCUCUCUGGCCUUCUCCAGUCAGAAACUCCUCAGCCAUCAUGUGAAACUCAGUCAUCCCUCUCAGAUUCUCCCAGGAACAUCUGCAAGAAGACGCCUCCAAGCAGAGGAACCCUGUCCAGAGGAUCAGAAUCAGCAGCAGCAACAUACUAGUACGCACAGCUGGAAUGAUACAGCUGAAGGUCAAGAGGUCAAAGAAAGGUCCAAACAUUUGCUUAAAAGAAUCAGUCAGAGGAGAAUCUCAAGACCCUUUCAACCUUCCAAGGAACAAAUGAGGAGCUCUAGUGAACAGGAGAGAAUGAUGGAGGAAGAGCCCCACAGAGGCCAGAAAGAUAGUCCAGAGGACACAGGCAAGUUAUUCGUGAAAGUAGGAAUGUCAAGAAUUGUAACGAUCAAGUAUGGAGGGUGUUGGCAAGGCUUCAGUGAUGGGUCACAUCUCAUCGGAGGCCAGAGGACACACUCUGGGGAGAAGCCCUAUGUCUGCAGGGAGUGUGGCAGAGGCUUUACCUGGAAGUCACAUCUCAUCGCACACAACAGGAUACACUCAGGGGAGAAGCCUUAUGUUUGCAGGGAUUGUGGGAGAGGCUUUAUAUGCAAAUCACAUCUCAUCACACACCACAGGAUACACUCAGGGGAGAAGCCCUAUGUUUGUAGGGAGUGUGGGAGAAGCUUUACACAGAGGUCAAAUCUCAUCAGACACCAGAGGACACACUCAGGGGAGAAGCCCUGUGUUUGCAGGGAGUGUGGGAGAGGCUUUACAUGCAAGUCACAUCUCAUCACACACCACAGGAUACACUCAGGGGAGAAACCCUAUGUUUGUAGGGAGUGUGGGAGAGGCUUUACAUGCAAGUCAUAUCUCAUCAAACACCAGAGGACACACUCAGGGGAGAAGCCCUAUGUUUGCAGGGAGUGUGGGAGAGGCUUUACAUGCAGGUCACAUCUCAUUGCACACCACAGGAUACACUCAGGGGAGAAGCCCUAUGUUUGUAGGGAGUGUGGGAGAGGCUUUACAUACAGGUCACAUCUCAUCACACACCAGAGGACACACUCAGGGGAGAAGCCCUAUGUUUGCAGGGAGUGUGGGAGAGGCUUUACAUGCAAGUCAGAUCUCAUCAAACACCAGAGGACACACUCAGGGGAGAAGCCCUAUGUCUGCAGGGAGUGUGGGAGAGGUUUUACACAGAGAUCAAAUCUCAUCAGACACCAGAGGACACACUCAGGAGAGAAGCCCUAUGUUUGCAGGGAAUGUGGGAGAGGCUUUACAUGCAAGUCACAUCUCAUUGGACACCACAGGACACACUCAGGGGAGAAGCCUUAUGUUUGCAGGGAGUGUGGGAGAGGCUUUACAUGCAAGUCAUAUCUCAUCACACACCACAGGAUACACUCAGGGGAGAAGCCUUAUGUUUGCAGGGAAUGUGGGCGAGGCUUUACACAGAGGUCAAAUCUCAUUACACACCAGAGGACACACUCUGGGGAGAAGCCCUAUGUUUGCAGGGAAUGUGAGCGACACUUUACACAGCGGUCAAAUCUCAUCACACACCAGAGGACACAUUCUGGGGAGAAGCCUUAUGUUUGCAGGUGACGUGAAUGAAUCACUACUAUUAAAUCACAUGUCAAUAGCCAUAAGAAGUGUAUGGAACCUUACUCUCCCCUAGAUUGUGGUUAGUAGAGAAGUAACUGGUUAAACAAACCCUCCAGUUUCAUGGCAAGAGAUGAGAUGGACAAACAGUUCCAUAGUGAUAUGGGGGUAUCAACAACAAACUCCUUCAUGGGUUUUUUGUUGUUGGUUUUUUUUACCUGUUCUAAAAUGUUUUGUCUCCAUACCCAUUCCUCAUUUUCCCCAUCACUGAAAGUAGAGGAUUCCUGAAGUGCCACAAAGAACUCAUUCUCUCAGCCACAGAAAUUCAACUCUUGAAAAUGUGUAAAUCUGGAGUCAAUCUCCUUUCGUUACUCCCCAAAGAGAGGGAUUUGAGGCAGACUGGCCAGGGAAGGGGAUUCCCCAGACUCCUGGGAAGUGGGGCCUUUUCUCCAAUCCGCUCCCUACCCUCCUCCCUUGGCUUCCCUUGGCUCUUCUGGUUUCCUACCACCUCUGAAGCCUCAGAGGUGUGAACAGCAGGGAGAGAUGGAUGCUUCUGCAUGGAUGUGAGCCUGGCUCAGUCUGGGCACCUGGUCUUCCUCACUCCUUGCUGCCCCUCAGGGUCAGCAUUUCCUGGUGCAUAGCACACAGAUUCCACAUCAGUCCAUAGUGGGUGUGAGUCUCAGCUCUGUCUCCUCCAGCUGUGUGACCUAAGGCAAGAUUCUCAACUUCUCUCUGCCUGCUUCCUAGUCUGUGCAAUGGAAAGGGGAACUCCAGCCUUUUGGUUUGACAUUCGAAGUUGAGUCAGCACAGACAGAAUCUGGCAAGAGGAUCGCAGAGAUCACAAGUCCUGCUGAACAGACUGCAGUGCCCAUGUCUUCCGGGUCUUUAGUGCCGGACAAAGGAAGAUGGGGGUCUGCAACCAAAUUCAGAAUUUGAAAAGCAGUAGGACCCCACUGCUUUUUCCACAUAGACUCAGCUGCCCUGAGAAGGAAGCCUGAGGUUGGGGGGGUGCCUCCCCCUGAUCACCACCCUCUCACUGAGCCUGGGCAUCCUCAGAGCCUCCUGAACAUGGGCAGGUGGUGCUGAGAGUAGCCUGUGAAACAAGACCUUCACCCACCCCUUGCUGAGAACUGAUGGGGAACAGCACCUGCCUGCACUGGGGUGUUAGGAUCAAUGGGAAGCCAAGGCAGGGAGGACGAGGAAGAUGGGUGUCACCCACUGACUCAGCAGUCCUGCGCCUGGUCCAGUUCCAUUGCCAGGUGUUCCAGCAUCACAAGAAACACCAUGCUAACACGUUGAAAUUGUAGGUAUUAUUUCCACUAUCUGUGAAAGAAAGGCUUUCAAACUGUAUUCAUCCCAAGGCCUGGAAUACUGGAGAGAGUCCGCAGCACUCACGGAAAGGACCCACAAAACAAACUUGGUUAAUUCCUUCUCUCCACUAUGUGUUUUAUGAGAGAAUCUCUAGUGCUUACAGAAAGAGCCCAUUGGUAACUUUGGGUAACUGCCUCAACUUAAACUCUCCUGUUAGGGGUCUAUUUUACAAGAUGGCCAAGUGAGGUCUGAAGCAAGAUAAGGAUUCAGGCUAACGACCCCCACACAUACCUACGUUUGGAUAGUCCAUCCCCUAGUAAGCUGGCACCACUUUUACCCACCAAUCAAUAUGUAAGUUCUUCUCUCCCCCCCAUCCCACAACUGUAUAUAAGUCCUCAGGACAAAGGGCCUGGUGCUCUUGCCGCCCAACUUCUUGCCUUUCACUCCCAUCUCAGCAAGACCUGUCCUCUUCCAUGAGAACGUAUCACUGAUAAACCCAGCUUGCAUGCUAAUGCACUUGCUGAUCUGUAAUCCUUUACUGCAUUGGCAAGAAGGACCGAGUUUCUCCCGGGACAGGUGCACCCAGUCUGCAUGUGGCAUUCACAAAGCCCACAACACAGCAGCUUCUGUAAUGCACUGUCCUUGUACCUGGGCCCCACAGGCCUUCAUACACCACUGACACCAUCUCAAUAUUACUACUUAUUGCAUCUUUUUAAAAAAUAUUUUAUUUAUUUAUCUUUAGAGAGGAAGGGAAGGAGAGAAGGAGAGAAAUAUCAAUGCUUGGUUGCCUCUUGUGAGUCCCCUGCUGGGAACUGGCCCACAACCCAGGCAUGUGCCCUGACUGGGAAUUGAACCACGAUCAUGUGGUUCGCAGGCCUGUGCUCCAUCCACUGAGCUACACCAGCCAGGGCUACUUAUUGCACCUUUAAACUUUUGUUUGUGGGGUCUGAUGGGAUAAUGGACGUGCACAAUGUUGGUCAUUCCUGGCCACCCGCUCCCACAUAAUGUGCACAAUGGCCCAGGAGCACAAAAUUCCCAUGGACCCAAUGGGUGGGAGUCCAGCAAGUCUCAAGGAGAGAACAGGGUAAACAUCUACAUCUAUAUAAGCAAGGGUGCUAACAAUUCCCAGGAGUCACACUUUUCUUAGAACCAGAGCUGAGUUCAAUACAGAGAGAUGGUGAACAAUCAGUGAGGACACCAUUAUAAGCUCUCCUGCAUGAGGGACAGGACCUAAGUAUGACCCACCCUGUUCUUGCUGCAGUGGGUUCACCAAAGGGGGACACCCACCCCCAUGACCUGGAAUGAUGACCUUUCUGUCCUCCCAGUGCCAGGCUUAUAAAGAAGAGUGUCUGUA